AUGUCCUUCGCAACCACAAAAAUGCGUUCGCCAGCGACGCAGGCACCUGUCGCGUUUGUGCGAUCCAGGUCUACUGUUGCUCCUGCUGGCAGCUCGAUGAUUGAGGCCAAGUCGAGGGUCAGGGAGCACGCCCGAAACAUCAGUCGUUCAACGGUGAACAAGGCUGCCCCUGCUCCAGUAGUUCGGCCAGCACCAGCACCAGGGUUCCAGCAAGUGCCUACGAGGAACAACCUAAAUCUCCCCAUGACAGGCCCAGGACCGGUGCCCGCCGUACCGCUAGACCACACAUUUGUGGGGCUCUCUGGUGGUCAGAUCUUCCAUGAGAUGAUGCUUCGACACGACGUCAAGCAUAUAUUCGGAUAUCCUGGGGGAGCAAUUCUCCCGGUAUUCGAUGCCAUCUACAACUCUCCUUACUUCAACUUCAUUCUUCCGAGACACGAACAGGGGGCAGGACACAUGGCCGAGGGGUAUGCUCGCGUCUCUGGCAAGCCCGGAGUAAUCCUUGUUACCUCCGGCCCGGGUGCGACCAAUGUGGUUACGCCGAUGCAAGACGCGCUCAGCGACGGUGUACCACUAGUCGUCUUCACAGGCCAGGUCGCUACAUCGGCAAUCGGCUCGGACGCGUUCCAAGAAGCAGACAUCGUCGGCAUUUCGCGGAGCUGCACGAAAUGGAAUGUAAUGGUGAAGGACAUAUCAGAACUACCCCGAAGAAUCAACGAAGCUUUCAAAAUUGCCACCUCAGGCAGACCAGGCCCCGUUUUGGUCGAUCUCCCAAAGGAUGUUACCGCAAGCAUUCUCCGCACACCACUGCCCUACAAGGCCACCACGCCAGGCUCAAAUCUCAGCCUCCCUCAGAAUCCGCUACAGAUGAUCGAGCCACCAACGGACGUGAAUCUGAUCCGACAAGCCGCUGAACUGAUCAACCAAGCGCAGCGGCCCAUCAUUUAUGCCGGAAAUGGUAUCCUUUCGUCGCCCAUGGGGCCCAAGCUCCUCGCCCAACUGGUCGAGAACGGCAAUAUCCCUGUAACCACCACCCUCCAAGGCCUGGGUUGCUUCGACGAGACCGACGAGCGGAGUCUACAUAUGCUGGGUAUGCACGGAAGUGCCUACGCCAAUAUAGCUAUGCAACAGGCGGACGUCAUCAUUGCUCUUGGUGGCCGGUUCGACGAUCGUGUGACUGGCAAAGUCGACACAUUCGCCCCCGCUGCCCGUGCAGCCGCCCUCCAAGGCCGCGGCGGAAUCAUACACUUCGAGAUCCAACCCAAGAACAUCAACAAGGUCGUUGACGCUUCUAUCCCUAUCCUCGGUGAUGUCGUUACCAACCUCGCGUCCCUCGUACCCCUCAUCAAGCACUCGCCGCGGUCUGAAUGGUUCGACGAUAUCAAGACAUGGAAAAAGAAGUACCCAUUCACCUACAUCCCGAGCAAUGCUGCCGCCGGGGAUCCAAUGAAGCCGCAAGAAAUCGUCGAAGAGUUGGACAGACAGGUAGCUGAUCAGAAGGAGAACGUUAUUAUUACGACUGGUGUUGGGCAGCAUCAGAUGUGGGCGGCCCAGCAUUUCAGGUGGAGAUACCCGCAAUCGUUGGUUACUUCAGGUGGUCUUGGUACUAUGGGCUUUGGUCUACCCUCAGCUAUUGGAGCCAAGGUUGCUGCGCCCAAUAAAAUGGUAAUAGACAUCGACGGUGAUGCCUCAUUUAGCAUGACCGCAAUGGAACUCGCUACUGCCUCGCAAUUCAACAUUGGUGUCAAGGUUCUCGUCUUCAAUAACGAAUUCCAGGGUAUGGUGCUCCAAUGGCAAGAUCUAUUCUACGACUCUCGUUACUCACACACACGCAUGACGAACCCGAACUUCAUCCUCCUGGCGCAGGCUAUGGGCGUGCACGCCAUCCGGUGUACAACUGUCGAUGAGCUCCCUGCUAAGAUGAAAGAGUUCCUGGAGUACGAUGGCUCAAAACCGGUGCUCAUGGAGUGUUUGGUGGAAAAGAAUGAACAUGUGUUCCCGAUGGUUCCGGCAGGCAAAGCUCUGCACGAGCAGAUCCUCCAUCCAUCCUUGAGAAAAUAG